AGAGGAAGAAGAAGAAGAAGCCGGCCGGACUGUGCAGCUAUCAGCUGUUAGCAUUAGCUUUACUUUCCGUGUGCUAGCAGAGAGGCUGCUAAUGUGUGAGUGUUUGCAGUGAGAAUGUGUUGAGUCCAGCUGGAAGGAGAGUUUGUCAGCGAGCAGUUAACUCCUGCUGGAGAAACAUUCCCAGAGUUUAAAGGAAGAUUAGAUCAGAUCGAGGAGGAGAAGAUGGAUGAUCAGCACAGACUGCUGGAUUUCACCAGGAUCCCCCAGAUCAUCUUACACCGGACAGACCUCCUGCAGGUUGGAAAAGAGGAGGAUUUCUCUGAGCAGCAGCUCUGGAAACAGGAGAGGAAUUCCAGUUUGGACCAAGAGGAACCAGAACCUCUGCAGAUGAAAGAAGAGCAGCUAAAGCCAGAAGAUCCCUGGACUAAAGAGGAAACCAUGGAGCUCCCCAUCACUGAGCAGGAGGAGCAGCUGCUCCUCAAGCAGGAGGAAGGAGACGUGGAAGAGAAACCAUUCCCAUGUUUGGCAUGUGGAGAAAACUUUCUAAAGGAAGAACAUUUAAUGGUUCACAUGAGAACUCACACAGACCUCCUGCAGGUUGGAAAAGAGGAGGAUUUCUCUGAGCAGCAGCUCUGGAAACAGGAGAGGAAUUCCAGUUUGGACCAAGAGGAACCAGAACCUCUGCAGAUGAAAGAAGAGCAGCUAAAGCCAGAAGAUCCCUGGACUAAAGAGGAAACCAUGGAGCUCCCCAUCAGUGAGCAGGAGGAGCAGCUGCUUCUCAAGCAGGAGGAAGGAGAGACAUUUAUGGUUAUUUCUGAUCACGAGGAAAAGGGCCAAAUUGAACCAGAACCCAUCAGCAACCAAGUCGUCUCUCAGAACUCUAGUGACAGUCAGAACCAGGAUCCAGAAGAAAUCCAUCAAAUAGACUCAGAGGGAAAUAAAAGUCCCACAGAGAAUAAGGGAUGUCAGAGAACCAAAGAGCAUAACAAUGAUGUUCAAACACUUAAAAGGCAAGAGGGAAGUCGCACGGAUAACAGGUCUCACUCUUGCACAAUCUGUGGCGAAUCUUUUUCUCUGAACAAUGAUUUAGUUCAACACUUGAAAAGUCACAAGGGAGAGAAGUGCUUCCCAUGUUUGACAUGUGGAGAAAGCUUUCUAAAGAAAACCCAUUUAAAGGUUCACAUGAGAACUCACAGCGGUAAGGAGAUCUAUGAAUGUCCGUCCUGUGGAAAGACUUUCAUUGAUCAAUAUGGUCUCGACAGACACCUCAUAACUCACACAGGUGAGAGGCCGUUCACCUGUACCAUCUGUAACAAAAGCUUUACUGGAAAGGGUAGUUUGUCUUACCACCUGACAACCCACUCAGAUGAAAGGCCUUUUUCCUGUAACACCUGUAAAAAAACAUUUAAAGAAAUCGAUGAUUUCAAUGUACAUCUGAGAACUCACACAGCAGAGAGGCCUUUUGAAUGUCACUUCUGCAGAAAACGCUUUACUUAUAGACCUAAUCUUAAUAGACACAUUGAAAUUCACACAGGUGAGAAACCGUACUGCUGUUCGAUUUGUGAUAAAAGUUUCACUCAAAAAUCUAAUCUGACUUCUCACAUGAGAACUCACACAGGUAAGAAACCGUUCUCUUGUACCAUUUGUGGCAGAAAUUUUAGUCAAAAAGGAACUUUGACUAAACACAUAACAAUUCACACGAGUGAGAAACGCUUUCCAUGCACAACAUGCGGGCUGAAAUACAGCAACCAAAAAGAUCUGAUUCUUCACAUGAGACGCCACAGCAGUGAGACGCCACAGGGCUCAGCCUUCAUCCAGACUGUUUUUGUUUUAGUCUGAAACCCAAAAU